GCCAUGAGGAAAAAGGCAAUCGACUUGGCUAUCUCAGAAUUGAAAAAAUGGCAGCAAACAGCCGAUGUCUGCUGGCGUUUGACUCGGAGGAUGGAUAGUGAUAUCAUCCAUCAAAUGAGGAAAGAGAUGUCAGCGGCACCAAAAAGCAUACGAGAUAAUAUGCUAAACGCGCGAGCCUUAUUGCAAAGUCGGCAAACAAAAGAAACAGCAUUUCUCCCUCCUUGGAGACUAGCAAAUGGAACAUCAAUAUCCAUGUUGCCAUUUUGCGUUGCAAGACUUCUCACUAAAGGCACCGGAAGCUUCAUCGUGGACACUGUCGUGUCUGCAUCUCCAUCAACAUCCGUUCAGCAGACAGUGAUUCAUGAUGUCGAAAAUCUCGCAAAAGACCUUCGAGAAAUUAAAAGUUCCUUUGGUUUACUUCAAUGCAAAGGCGUGGUCGAAAACGAGCCCUCGAAGCAAAAAAGCGAAGGACAGACUUUUGACCUGGUAUUCAAAAUGCCUCCGAAUCUUCAAAACCCACAAAGCCUUCGCUCGGCCUUACUAGGUCGUGAGAAGCCACACACUCUCUCUGAUGUGGUUCGACUUGGCCUGGAAAUGGCCAAAUCAGUGAGUUUUGUACACAGUUUGAACUUCGUUCAUAAGAGCAUUCGACCAGAAGCAAUUCUUGUCUUCCAGGAGCCGUCUACAAACUCAUUAGCUCCUUUUCUAGUUGGCUUCGAAAAAUUCAGAGAGCAUCAAGGAGACUCGGCGCGCAUAGGAAGUGAGGAUUGGAAAUUGAACAUGUACGCUCACCCAAAGAGAUAUGGCCUUAGGGCAGAAGACAGCUAUGUCAUGCAACAUGACAUCUAUAGCUUGGGCGUAUGUCUCCUAGAAAUUGGAUUAUGGGAGUCAUUCAUAUCAUACGAGAAACCGGAAGACCCUCCCACAAUGUCGGGCCUUCUCGCCCACUCCAGGCAGAUUGCAACCAGCCAAGGAUCUACCUUUUUUAAGAAGCAGUUCCUCACUUUGGCUAGCGAAUCCCUUCCUGCGCGAAUGGGCACGCGGUAUGCGAAAGUGGUGGAAACAUGCCUCACCUGCUUAGAUGAAGACAAC